AUGGUUACGUUAACAAGUGGGCGAGUUUCUCAAAACGAGAAAAUAAACAAAAAUAAAUAUUCUAUUUUAUUACCUACAUACAAUGAAAAGGAAAAUUUGCCUAUAAUUGUAUGGCUCAUUGUAAAAUAUAUGAAUGAAGGGAAUUAUGAUUAUGAAAUAAUUAUUAUUGAUGAUGGGAGUCCUGAUGGAACUUUAGAAGUAGCCAAACAAUUGCAAAAAAUAUUUGGAUCAGAUAAAUUAAUAUUGAGACCCAGAGAGAAAAAAUUAGGGUUAGGUACAGCUUACAUUCACGGUUUAAAACAUUCCUCUGGUGAUUAUAUUGUUAUUAUGGAUGCUGAUUUAUCUCAUCAUCCUAAAUUUAUUCCUCAAUUCAUUGAAUUUCAAAAAACUCAAGAUUUUGAUGUAGUAACAGGAACAAGGUACAAAGGUAAUGGUGGAGUUUACGGCUGGGAUUUUAAAAGAAAACUUGUUAGCAGAGGAGCAAAUUUUUUAACUCAGUUUCUUUUGAGGCCUGGAGUCAGUGAUUUAACUGGAAGUUUCAGAUUGUAUAAAAAACCUGUUUUGGAAAAAUUAGUGUCAAGUUGUGUUUCAAAAGGUUUCGUUUUUCAAAUGGAAAUGAUUAUAAGAGCUAAAGAAAAUCUUUUCACUGUUGGAGAGGUACCCAUUUCAUUUGUCGAUAGAGUUUAUGGCGAAUCAAAACUUGGACAGACUGAAAUUUUUCAAUUUAUAAAAGCAUUGCUUUAUUUAUUUUUUACUACUUAA